AUGGCGCUGACCACCGUAACUACUGUUUCACCAAACUCUCUGAGUGUGCUCUCGCCUAUUGAGUCUAAGGGUGCUAGGAGCCCUAAACAUCGUGCACCUCUGAAAGAUCCAAAAAAACCAGAACCUGCGGAUGAAGCCGGCCUUAAAUGGCCUUGGGAAACCAUACCGAUUCCAAGUCGUACUCCAAAACAAACGCUGAAAAGUUCCUUGGCUACUUCUCACCCAGCGCCAUCCUCAGACCCCCCUACUUGGACGUCGAGGCGCCCCCAAGAAAGUUCUGAAUCUUCUUUGACUUCGUCACCAACGCCUUUGUCGAUCCCCAACUCCGAUUCUGGACUUGAUGGCCAUUCGGGACUAGCAAAUGGAUAUAAUUCUGGAAGCGGGGGACGACAAGUGGCGAGUACAGGAAAUUCCUUAGCUCCUAAACUUCCAGUUAUACUCACGACAUUUCCUUUUCUUGGAGGUUUGGUUGUCGGUUUCCUAUGA